AUGGAUAUAUUGACCUAUGAUGAUGUGUGUGUAAACUUCACUCCGGAAGAGUGGACUUUACUGGAUCCUUCACAGAAGAGUCUCUACAGAGAUGUGAUGCUGGAGACCUACAGGAAUCUCACUGCUAUAGGCUACAGUUGGGAAGAUGACAAUAUCAAAGACUAUUUUCAAAGUUCUAGAAGACAUGGAAGGUAA